CAGUGUUCUCUCACAGAUAUUUUUUUCUCAGUGGAAUGUUGAAUUAAAACCUCUCCCGAAAGGCAUCCUAAACAAAUUCACAAACCACUUCACCGAGGCAGCAGCAGCUCCGGCUUCCCUGCCUUUCUCCAAGUCUGGUUUCAGAUCUCGACAUGCUCAGGAAAGGUUAAAGUAAAGAUAACUUUUACUUUCACAUCUUCCUGCUGCUUCAGGCUUUAGGAGAAAUAUUUUUGAUGGUUCUCCUGGUUCCUGAUGGGAGUUUUAAUCACAUUUUCCCGUCAGGGUGAGACAUGCCUUCACUCCUUCGAGACUCUCUUUAUGUACUGUAACCCGUUAGUAUUACAGUGAUCAUUUAUAGUUUGUUUAUAGUGUGGUUUUGGCAGAGAAAAAGCCACAUGACAGCUCCCCCUGACUCCCACAGGCCUGAAAGGGAGUCGGUCUCUCUCUGGGUGGAGACACCAAAACAUCCCCAAAUAAGGACGCCUUUUUUAAAGGAAUGCAAAUAUAUGGAAAGUUGGGAAGGUUCAGUUUCAGCUAAAAUGCCCCGAAUUCCAACUGCAGAGGUCAGAGAGUAGUUUUUUUCUCACUGGGAAACUGGAAAAGUGGGAGUCUAGGGGGAUUGUUCCUGGACUUCCCCAGCCCCUUAUAUGGCAGCUCCCCCCCCCCCUCCAGGUGGCGGGAGGGUGGAACCGGGCGGCGCUCUCAGAGGGACGCGAUGGCCGGUCGGGUCGGCAGACGCUGUCGCCCACAUGCGGAGGCAGGAGUCAGCUGAGAGCCGUUGGUGUGCGGUGCAGGCACCGAGCUGCGAGUGGGUGCAUAAGGAUGUAAAACCAGCGUGGUCAGGAGCCACUGAAAAGAAGAAGAUUAGUCAUCCGCUGAGGACCAUGGCCGCCUUCCAGCUGCUCUUCCCGCUGUGGGCCAGCUGUGUGGCCGCGGCCGCACAUCCUUCCCCACACAUCGCUCCAUGCCAAGUUGUCCAGAUGGAUGUGUUCUGCAGCGAUCUAAGUCUCAGGAGCGCACCACUCGACCUUCCUCAGGGAGUCCAAAUGCUGGAUCUUUCCCGAAACCAGGUUCAAAACCUCUCGUUGGAAACUUUAGGCUUUCACACCGGCCUACACCAACUGAACCUUCAUUCCAACAAGAUCCACUUCAUCCAGCCAGGACUCUUCAAACACCUGAAGGAUCUGAGAGUCCUGGAUCUCUCCCGGAAUCACCUGAAUGUUUUCGCACUCUCCAAAAUAAGCGUUGGCCCUCUCGCGGCUGUGGAGUCAUUGGAUCUUUCAAGCAAUGGGUUGUACACGGGUAUGUCAGACUACUUCCUGGCUGAAUCCCCAUCUCUGGCAAACCUUUCACUGGACAGCAACAGCAUCACAAAAAUAGCACAGAACACCUUCAGCGGAUCAUCAUCUUUGAGGAAAAUUAGUCUCCACAACAAUGUCAUCCUGGAGAUAGAAAAUGGAGCUUUCGACUCUUUGGAUCAUCUGACUGAGCUCGAUUUGUCUAAGAAUUCAAUCACCUGCAUCAUAGACUUCAAUCUUUACAACUUGGAGGUCCUCAAUCUCAGCAAGAAUAGCAUUGAGUUUUUCCAGAGUGUAAAGUCGGAUAACUCCUUUAAGCUCCGCUCUCUGGAUCUGAGUGAAAACAAAAUGCUUUACUUCCCUCUCCUCCCAGAAAAGAAUGUGCUUGAAUUUCUGAACGUAUCGCGAAACCAUAUUCAGACUCUCAACACCACAGGGCGUGUCCUGAACCUCACAAAUUUGGGUGAUUUAAAAUACCUGGACAUGAGUUACAAUAAACUCAAAAGUUUACCUGAGGUUUUCUUUUCCAACAUGGAAUCACUUGAAGUCCUCAAUGUGAGUAACAACUGUAUCAGCUCGUUUUCUGUCACAUCUAAAGACAUUCUGCACAAGGUGAAGGUCAUCAAUCUAAGCCAUAAUUCUCUACAGAGUUUGACUUUUGGGGAAAACUCCCUUCACUCCCUGAAAAAGCUCUUUUUACAGGGAAAUGAUCUUACUGUCUUAGACCAGCAAAUAUUUCAAAGACUGCCCAGCAUCAAGUACCUGCAGCUGCAGCAGAACAAUCUGCAAAUCUGUAACAGUGAGCAAAACCAACAUGGCUUAAUGCCGAAGGACCAAAACCACCAGGAUCCAAUUGGUUGUGUGUCAUUCUCAUCUGUUUACAACCUGCACUUCCUGUACCUCUCUGAAAAUAAUCUGAGGACCAUUCCUGCAAAGGCGUUUGUGAAAACCCCUCUGAAAUUACUAGACUUGUCCCUAAAUCCAGGAUUAGACAUGCACCAGGACUCCUUGUGUGGCUUGGAGGAUUCACUGGUCCAUCUGCUGCUGAGGGAAAACAACAUGUCAAGCCUAAACACAGACCUGACCUCCCUGAAGAGCCUCAAACACGUUGACCUGUCCACCAACCAAUUGAACACCCUACCGACCUGGAACAAAGACUCCGCCAUUGAGUCCUUGAACCUGCAGAACAACAACCUGGUCACCCUAGACCAGUCCACCGUCCUCGCCUUGGAGCGCUCCUUAAAGACCCUAUACAUGGGCUCCAACCCUCUAAGCUGCUGCGACAACCUGGGCUUCCUCCACACGGUGCAGCACUCCACGAUCGUUGUUCCUGACAUUGAGACCGUGACUUGUGUUCACGAGGAGUCUCCGGAGCCGGUGAACAUUGAGAAGUUGACCCGAGAAAUGUGUCACCAACCAGAUGCCCCAAACUACACGGCGGUUGUCGUGAUAACCUUGUUAGUCGUGAUUAUCCUGCUGGCGCUGCUGGUUAAAUGUUUUCGAUCAAGGAGACGAAAGCGCAGAAGAGGCUUUCAUGCGUAGCAAGACAAUCACAUUCAGAGUCAAAAAGUUCAUGAGACUGUUGAAGGAUUUAAAUGUGAAUGUGUAAUCUGGAGCUUCUCAGAGACUUUAUGGACUAUUUGAAGCUGUGGGUUUGGAUUACAACUACAAAGAGCCAUCACGAGUUGACAAACACAGCUGUCAAUCAGGCACAUCUCCUACAGGAAGUCGUGGUUGUGGAGUACAGCCUAGAUGACAAAAAGACAAGCCAAUGAAGGCCCUAGUUAUUGUUAUAUUUUCUUACAACACAAGGCUGGACUUUUUGACUGAGUUUUAUGUCAGUUUCAUGCAGCUUUGUUUAAGGAACCCAAGGUUUCAAUCCUCCUGUGCUCACUUCUUCAGGACUUUACACCACAGACCAGAAGCUGUCACCAGCACCAGUGCAGAGCUUUAAAGCCAAUAUUUUUAUGGGUGUUGCUUGAACGAAGAAAAGUCAUCUCUAUGCCUGAAGAAGCAGUGUUAAAUGAUUCUCUUUUUUUGUACCAUUCCUGAUACCUAUUUAUUGAAUGUAGAACCAACACUAAAUCACUUUGCGUAGUCGGUAGCGUCAGGAGACCGGACUGAAGUACUCUUCCGCUGUUGCAAGUCAUAUUUUCAGAAACAUGCUCCGAGGAUCACGGAUGUAAAUUUAUACCAGUCUCUUAUCUAUAUGUGAAGUUUGUUGCAAAACUAAAACUUGCUUUAAAAACUUCAGCAAGCACCAAAAGGUUGGCAUAAAUACAGAAAAUAAUCUAUAAAACCAAAGAAGUAUAGGGGUACAAACCUUUAAAUGUGUGAGUUGGUACAUUUGUUGAGGCUGUAUCCUGGACUUAUGAUAAAAAUAUUGAAAUUAUCAACUCAUAAAUGCACCAUAAGGGACUUAGAGUAGUACUUAUUUUUGUAAAAGUGGCUUUUCCAGAACUUCUUAGGUUGAAAUGGUCUCAAAUUUCAGGCAUACCACAUUGUCAUUGAUUCCCAAGUUCAUAAGUAUGGACUGGUUAUGAGGUAUCAAAGUUUUUAAAACCUCUUAAUCAUUCUGAUCCUAUAGAUUAAAGUCAUUUCAAUGAGUCACCAGAGGUGUUACCCCUCCCCCACAUGAUGCUGUGCAACAGGUGACUACUACAUAUUUGGUAGUGUUGAAAUUUUCCCAGUUGUGUAAAACCGUGUGAGUCAUGGUGUGGGAGUCAAAGAAUCCCACUAAGCUAAGUUAAGCUGUUAAAGGUCCUUCAGGGGACGGCUGUUGCUAAUUAGCCAUGGCUAUAAACACUGUGAUUCAGACAUCAGAUUGUUUUGAUCUGUAUUUCUUGUGUUGGUCCCUUCCAAAUUAACUGUAAAAUAAAAUAAAUUAGCUUGUUCAGCUACAGUUAGCAUGUUAUCAGCAGGGUGGCUAGCCAAGCAGGUAGUCUGUUUAAUUGACCAACUAACAUCGGCUUGUUAUACUUCGUUAUGCUUUAAAGAGUAGAAAAACUAAAAGGGACAAUAAUCUUAUAAAAAAAGGGGGGGAGGUUUAUUUGAAAACAAAGUUUUCCACAUUAUUCAAACUUUCUGCUUAAGUCUAAGUAGCAAAAUAAAAAAAAAAAAGAAUAUUAGCAAUAGAUAACAUUAUUAUACCUGUUGCAAAUGAAAUCAGCUGAACAACGUUACACAUCUUUGUUUUGAAUUCUUGUGUUAAUGUCGUAAAAUCACACUAUUUAAAUUGGAGAUCAUCACUCUGUCCAAAAUCAAUCGCCAAGGAUUACUUCGGGAUUGAUUUUGGUUGGACGGAACAUUUCAGAAAGCUAUGUUUUAAACUCUUCAUUGGACAAAUGAUGCAGACGUGCAUAUGUUACAGAUACACACAUAAGUUACUAACAUACAGAUGUUAGUUAUUAUAAAACACGUUUUUUAAGUAUACUGGGCCAAGAUUUUCUAGUUUGUUGCUGUUUGUGUUUUUAGAGCAGGUGGUCGGCCAUGUGGUAUUUAUUUGGUCAUGUGAUGGUGAUAGGGAUGCAGCGCAGGAUUGUAGGAUGUUUAAUAGAAGAAGUGAAGCAAUUUCAGUGAUGUGGUUGGUUCUUCAUAGUUUUGAAGCUGUAGGUGAGUUAAUGCAUUUGUAAAAUUGAAUAAUGUUUCUAGUUUUAUAAUCCUGGUUUUACAAUGUUCCUGAAGUUUAUUCUAAGGUGAUAUUUUUCUCAACGCCAACACUUUUCUUUUUUUCUUAGAGUCCUAUAUUUUACAAUCCUAUAUUUUACAAUGUCAAGUCCUUUGAUUUUCUAAUAAAUAUUGUUAGAGGUGGUAAACUAUUUAAACGGUGACACAAACAUAUGGUUGACUCUAUUAUUCCAAGUUUACUGCAAUUUAUUUCCCUACAGCCGGAUUCACAAAAAGAUUCACACAUGUAAACACGCCACCUUUAGGGAUAUAACCAGUAAUGCCUCUAAGUUUGAGUCUCGGUUCUAGUCUUUUUGCAGAUCUAAGUUGAUCUUGGGUCUUCUUUAAAUACAGACAUACAGAUAAUUGACUGGUAUAUAUAUUUUCAUCUAGCGAGUUUCAGAGUUUAAACAAAGUAUCUGAGUUGAUCCUUUGAGAGCUAAAACUCUGUACUGAGGUUGAUUUCAGUGAAGAAAAAUGGUUUGUUUUUUCAGCUAAAAAUGAAGAAAACACUUCUACACAAAACAAAAUGCUCUUUAGUUUGACAGAAGGGUUACAUGAAGGUGUUUAUCUAAAAUGGCAAUAUACCCUCAGUGUAGUUUGCACUUUAAUCUUGUAUUUGUUUGGUUUUCUCUUUUGUGACUGUAAACACUAAAACUAUGGUUUAUAUUCCAUCUAUGAGUGAAAAGUAAUUUAUUUUAUUAACUGUGUGAAUUAAGAUUUUCUACAGCAUGUCGUUUGUGUUGAUGCCACAUACCUGGUGCUCUUCAUGUUAAUAAAAAUGUAAAAGUA